CAAUACCAAUUGGACGAUAUUUAUCAGUAACCGACUGUUGCAGCGUUUACACAAACACACAGAGUCGACAUGUCUACGACUGUCGUUCUCGGUUCGCAGUUUGGCGACGAGGGCAAGGGCAAGCUCGUCGACCUCCUGUCCGAAAAGUUCAAGAUCACUGCUCGCUCCGCUGGAGGUCACAAUGCCGGCCACACUAUCGUUGUCAACGGCAUCACGUACGACUUCCACAUCCUCCCCUCCGGUCUCGUCAACCCCGAGACUGUCAACCUUGUUGGUUCAGGAACUGUCGUCAGCGUUCCCCAGUUCUUCCACGAGCUCCAGCAGCUCGAGAAGCACAACCUCGGAUACAAGGACCGCAUCUUCAUCAGCGACCGCGCUCACGCCCUGUUCGAGCUCCACUCGCUCGUCGAUGGCCUCGAGGAGAUUGAGCUCGGCAAGGGCGCCGUUGGCACCACCAAGAAGGGCAUCGGCCCGUGCUACCAGACCAAGGCCGCUCGCUCCGGUAUCAGAAUCGGCGAGAUCUUCGACAAGGAGCACAUGGACAACAAGCUGAGAACCAUGGCCACCGCCUACCAGAAGCGCUACGGCGACCUUCUCAAGUACGACGUCGAGGCUGAGAUCAAGAGAUACGACGAAUGGCGUCCUCGCCUGGCCGAGUAUGUCAUCGACCAGGUUCCUCUUAUCCAGCAGGCCGAGGCCAGCAACACCCCCAUGCUCGUCGAGGGAGCCAACGCUCUUCUCCUCGAUGUCGACUGGGGUACCUACCCUAUGGUCACCUCCUCCAACACCGGUAUCGGUGGUGUCUUCACUGGUCUCGCCCUUUCGCCCUUCAAGCUCAAGGAGGUCAUCGGUGUCGUCAAGGCCUACCAGACCAGAGUCGGUGGUGGUCCUUUCCCCACCGAGCAGAUCAACGAGAUCGGCGAGAAGCUCCAGACCAUCGGACGUGAAGUCGGUGUCACCACUGGCCGCCGUCGUCGUUGCGGUUGGCUCGACCUUGUUCUCCUCAGAUACUCGGCCGCCAUCAACCACUACACUGCCUUCAACCUGACCAAGCUGGACAUUCUUGACGACUUUGACGAGAUCAAGAUUGCUGUCGGCUACAAGGUUGACGGCAAGGAGGUCCCCUCGUUCCCCGCCACCAUCGACGCUCUGUCCAAGGUUGAGCCUAUCUACGAGACCCUUCCCGGCUGGAAGACCAACAGCACCAACAUCAGCUCAUACGACGAUCUCCCCGAGAACGCCAGAAAAUACAUCGAAUUCAUCGAGAAGCAGACCGGCGUCCCUGUUAAGUGGAUCGGUACCGGUCCUGCCAGAGAGGCCAUGAUCUUCCGAUAGAGGGAAAACUGCUGGAAUGCUUUCCUUCUUAUUUUGUACAUCGUGGCAGAUGAGAACGUGCUCCCAGCAAAAUCUGAAAUUAUGGGAAUUGGCUUUCGUGAUCUGGUAUCAGGGAAUGAGAAAUGCUUUAAGGAAAAGUCAUUAUAGACACAAAUUCACAUAGAAGAAGCUCUACACAGAAGGGCUCUUGAAACAGCAAUGGGAAUGUUUUAUGCACAUG